AGAAGAACGAAGCAGUGGGUGGAGAGUCUUCCCGCGGACUGAGCUUCCUAGCGCAGACGAAGUUGCAACCAGGAAUUGCCAUGGAUCCAUUUUUGAGUCUGCUGAAUUCAUUUUCAAGAGCCCUUUCUUCAGAUGAACUGGAUACGCUCAAAUUUCUGUGCCAAGAAUAUAUUGGUAAAAGAAAGCUUCAGGCGGUGAAAAGUGGCAACGAACUCUUCAAUCAUCUCCUUGAGCAAGAAAAAAUUACAUGUAACAAUGUAGAGUUCUUAAGAUCCAUGUUAGAGACCCUGAAAAGAGAAGAUCUGCUCACUCAGCUGGACCAGUUUCUUAAGGGUGGAGGUGAUGAUCCUGUUGACCGUCUGGAUGAUCAAGGUGAUCUUGACAGAGCUUUUGAAAUCAUAUGCGAGAACGUUGGAAAAAACUGGAAAAUGCUUAUUCGAAGACUUGGAAUUUCAGAAGCCAAACUAGAUCGCAUAGUAGCAGCGAAUCCGUACAACUUGGAAGAACAAUUGAUGAAGUCACUUUUAGAGUGGCGCAAAUCGAAAAGGGAAGAAGCCAGAGUUGAGGAUGUCAUCAAAGCCCUCAGGGACUGUCACAUGAACCUCACCGCAGACUAUGUCGAAGAAAGUUUGCAACAGAGAAGCUGAAACUCAAAAAUCAGUGGGAAAAGAUCAUUAGUGUGAUAUUAAAAUUCAAUAUGUGUAUGAAAAAA